AAACACUGGUGGUUCUGCAGUGUGAGAGAGAGAGAGAGAGAGAGAGAGAGACGCUGCAGAUGAGGCUGGCUGUGGAGGAAAACGGUGCACAUUUGCUUCAUCCAGACAUUAAUACUGUUGGCAAACAGUCAUGGUCUCACACGAGCCGCAGCCUCUGGCAGUCAGGAUGAUAUGCUGUGUGGUCAUCGUCCUAAUGUCUUCUCUCUCUGUGGCUUCACUUCCCACUGGAACACAGAAGGGGGGGAGGAAGGUGGUGCAUGUACUUGAGGAUGACACCGGGGCUGUGAUUGUGCAGACAGCUCCUGGUAAAGUGGUGACGCACCGCGGUGGCUCCAUCACUCUACCCUGCAGAUUCCACCAUGAGCCAGAGACCAUUGACCCUGUCCCAAUCCGGAUUAAGUGGACCAAGGUGACUGAUGCUCUGCAGUUUCAGGAUGUCUUUGUGGCACUUGGACGACGGCAGCGAGCGUUCGGCUCGUACCGGGGCCGUGUUUUUUUGGAGCAAGCAGGACCGGGUGAUGCCUCAGUGAUCAUCCAAAAUGUCACACUGGAGGACUACGGACGCUAUGAAUGUGAGGUCACUAAUGACAUGGAAGAUGACACGGGAUUUGUCAACCUUGACUUGGAAGGAGUGGUAUUUCCCUACUACCCUCGUGAGGGGCGAUAUAAACUAAACUACCACCAGGCUGAGGACAUCUGCAAACAGCAGGAUGCUAUUCUGGCCUCUCACUCUCAGCUUCAUAAGGCUUGGCUGGAAGGCCUAGAUUGGUGUAAUGCCGGAUGGCUGGAGGAUGGAUCAGUCCAGUACCCCAUCUCUCAUCCCAGAGACCAGUGUGGCCGUAAGGACAACCCCGCUGGUGUUCGUAACUAUGGCUACAGGCACAAGGAGGACGAGCGCUAUGAUGCAUUCUGCUUCACUUCAAAGCUCUAUGGCAAAGUGUACUUCCUCAAACGAUUCAAGAAGGUGAACUACGCGGAGGCGGUGAAGGCGUGUGUUCGCAAUGGAUCGUCGGUGGCCAAAGUGGGUCAGCUUUACGCCGCGUGGAAGUUCCAGCUGCUGGACCGUUGUGAAGCCGGCUGGCUGGAGGACGGCAGCAUCCGCUAUCCCAUAGUCAACCCGCGGUCCCGCUGUGGAGGAUCCCAACCAGGCGUACGACACCUGGGCUUCCCCGAUAAAAAAUUCCGCCUCUACGGGGUUUAUUGCUUCAGCAAGACCAAGGAUGAUGGUACAGGAAAAACGACAGGGCUCCCCGCUGAGAUGCUGAAGGGGAGUCACAGCAGCGACAACAUCUCCACGAAUGCAACCAGGGUGAUUUAAAAUGCACAAAGUGAGAGGAAAUCUAGAUUUGACUGCUACAACUGUUGCCUGGCAGCCAAGCCUCCUUCAUUGCUUUUAAAGUCAAACACUCGCUGACAAAAUGUUCCAUAGAGCACAAACAAGACUGUGUAAAAUGACAGUUGAUGUCUUUAUUGGAGUGAUUUUCCUUCAUGCUCCAGUCUGUCCAUCAUCUUAUGAGGCAUUAGCACAUCUGUCGCUGUAAAGGUUUAAGCUAAGGCUCAGAUGCGUCAGAUUAGCUGUCUGCCAUGUGAACCCUUAUUCACUUGUGUC